AUGGGCGUCGCUCCUGGAGAUGCUAAGAAGGGUGCCAACCUCUUCAAGACCCGCUGCGCGCAGUGCCACACCGUCGAGGCUGACGGCGGCAACAAGAUCGGCCCCGCGCUCCACGGCCUGUUCGGCCGCAAGACCGGCUCCGUCGAGGGCUACGCCUACACCGACGCCAACAAGCAGAAGGGCAUCACCUGGGACGACGACACUCUGUUCGCGUACCUCGAGAACCCCAAGAAGUACAUCCCCGGCACCAAGAUGGCCUUCGGUGGUCUCAAGAAGGAGAAGGAGAGGAACGACCUGAUCACCUUCCUCAAGGAGUCGACCAAAUAG